GAAAGCACAUUCCAGAUGGAGGUCAUGACCACGCCCCACGAACACAAGCUCGGGCGGAGUGAUGUGCAAGACAGAGCUCGAGCCUAUAAGAGCAGGAACAAACGACCGUGUGAUUUCUGCCGUUACAAGAAAGCUGCCUGCCAUCUUGAGACCAAACCACCUUGUGAACUCUGCCUCCGUUAUGGCAAGGACUGCACAUUCGUAGAGUCUCCAGUAAAGAGACGACGCCCCAAUACUCACGGAGAACUUCCUCGAGAACCCUUGCUGCCACCUAGCAGUACUUUUGACCUUGGAAGUGACUUGCUGAGUUGGGAACCUUUGCCCAACUUCAUGACAGCAAGCUUACCAGGAGGUCUACCUGGAGAGUUCAAAUUCGACUCGCCGAUGUUCGCGCCAUUGACGUUUGAACAAUUUGAUCCAGUUCGAGCAGGCCUAGCACCGCCAUCAAGUCGAUCUUCACGCACGCCUGAGUCUACGGGCUCUCUUCCAUCAUCUUUCUUUGAGAAUGCCCAGGAGCCCUCGUUGGAUGUCCAAGGCUCCAGCAAUGCUCAGGUCAUUGGAUUGAGCGGCGAAUCGGACCCUUUCUUGCUUCGCCAAUAUAAUUAUGAUGGCAAUAAUGAGUGUUUGUUCCAGCAACUUCGUUUGCGAAGGGUCGGAGAGAAUGACAAUAUCCCUGUGCACUUUCUAAUCCAGCGCAACAAGUUGGCUGCCAAAGCUCAACCCGCAGAGAACGUCAGCACCUUGGAUAACUUCAGGAGAGAAAUCAAGGAAAUGGUCCAUGAUGAGGUUGGAAAAAGACUUAUCCGACUAUUCUUCCGCUUUGUGCAGCCUUACUUUCCCAUUGUAUCUCGAGAACGCAGCAUGAGGAACGGGGAGUACGACCCAGAAGCCUUCCCCACCGAGCUACUUGCCGCAGUUUAUGGACAUGCACUGCCAUUCUGCAUCUUCGACGACCAGCUCUGUAUCGAGGUAUACACUCCACCAUCCGCCGACUGCCUGUUCCGUAUUGCUUGGUCAGCCGCACAUCCCAAGUAUCACACUCCGUCACUAUCAAUCGUUCAGACCCUUCUAUUGCUUGUUCAAAGGAGACCAACCAACAAGCAUGUGGCAGAUACACCAGUCAAAUGGACGAUGGUGACUGACGCUGUGUCUAUUGCACAAUCACUGGGUCUCAAUCUGGAUCCUACAGACUGGCCAAUUCCUCUAUGGGAGCAAAGGCUGAGAAGAAGACUAGCCUGGGCUGUCUUUACUCAAGAAAAGUGGAUUGCGCUCAAUACCGGUCGCAGCUCACAUAUCAUCUCAGACGAUUGGGACGUGUCUCCACUAACACAAGACGACUUUGAACUCGCAGAAAAUAGCGGCGACAGAGCUUAUUCCGAGCAUUUCAUCCAACUAUCUUCGUUGACUGAGAUCGUGGACAAUAUCCUUCGUAACCUGUUCUCGAUCAAGGCCACCAGAAAACUCUGUAAUUCUCUCGAUGCAACGCUUGAAGUGGCUAAGCCGCUACGCGUACGAUUGAGCAAAUGGUAUCAGGAACUACCGCAAGAUCUCUUACCUACCGUCAGAUUUGGUUAUGGGCAUGAUUUGAAUGCACAAGGCGGGCUGCAUCUAGCCUACAUUACAGCCAAGAUACAACUCUUCCGAGCCAUGUUCCGUCCUACGAGUGAGCCAGAAACACAAGCGACGAAUGCUCUCCGUACUGGUGCGAUAGCCAUGGGAAGAGAACUUUUCGACUUUCUAGAAAGCCUCGAUGCUAACCAUAUGGAAGCCUUCUGGCCAUCNUUCAACUUCAUGGUUCUGUUAUUUGUCACUUCUCCAACCCAAGCAGACGCAAAAGAAUGUCUGGAUAUGCUUACCUCGUGGAGAAGUCUGCUGCGUAUCAAAUCUUGCAGCUGCGAUCUCUUGAAUCUGGCACUAUUGAGACUCGACGCUCUAUUUGUGGCGGGUCUGGACAAAUUGAUCAAUCUCUCGCCAUCUGCUCUCCAAGUCUUUCAUGGGCAGAUGAUUUAG